GGUUCUAUCCCGGCUCUCUCUCUAUCCCGGCUCUCUCUCUAUCCGGUUCUAUCCCGGCUCUCUCUCUAUCCCGGCUCUCUCUGUCCCGCUCCCGUCCCGGCUCUCUCUAUCCCGGCUCUCUCUCUAUCCCGCUCCUGUCCCGUUCCUGUCCCGGUUCUAUCCCGCUCCCGUCCCGCUCCCUCUAUCCCGGCUCUCUCUCUAUCCCGCUCCCGUCCCGCUCCUGUCCCGGCUCUAUCCCGCUCCUGUCCCGUUCCUGUCCCGCUCCUGUCCCGGCUCUCCCUGUCCCGGCUCUCCCUGUCCCGGCCCUGUCCCGGUUGUGCCCCGAUGGCGCUGCAGUCGCUCCGCUACCGCCGCGGCUCCCUGCAGCUGCUGAACCAGCGGCUGCUGCCGGGGCAGCUCCGCUACGAGCGGGUGGGGGGCGUGGAGCGGGCCUGGGGCGCCAUCCGCGACAUGGAGGUGCGGGGGGCUCCGGCCAUCGCCCUGCUGGGCUGCCUCAGCCUGGCCGUGGAGCUGGCGGGGGGCGCGGGCCCCCAGGACGAUUUGGGGGCGCUGGAGGAGUUUGUGGGGCAGAAAUUGGGGUUCCUGCUCAGCGCCCGCCCCACGGCCGCCAACCUGGCCCGGGAGGCCGAGAGGCUGCGGGGGUGGGUCCGGAAAAAGGUGGAGACCCCCGGGGUGACCCCCCAGGAGCUGCGGGAGAGCAUCAUCGAGUACAUCGAGGGGCUGCUGGCCAAGGACCGCCGUGACAAUCGCAGCAUCGGCGCCCACGGGGCCGAGCACAUCCUGGGGGGGGUCCCGGGGGGGGGCCCCGUCACCCUCCUGACCCACUGCAACACCGGGACCCUCGCCACGGCGGGCUACGGCACCGCGCUGGGCGUGGUGCGGGCCCUGCACGAGCGGGGCUCGCUGUCCCGCGUGUUCUGCACCGAGACCCGGCCCUACAACCAGGGCUCGCGGCUCUCGGCGCUGGAGCUGCGCCACGACGGGAUCCCGGUGACGCUGAUCGCCGACAGCGCCGCGGCCGCCGCCAUGCGGGAGCACCGCGUGCACGCCGUGGUGGUGGGCGCCGACCGCGUGGCGGCCAACGGCGACGUGGCCAACAAGAUCGGGACGUUCCAGCUGGCGCUGGCCGCGCGCCACCUGCACGUCCCCUUCUACGUGGCCGCCCCCAGCAGCACCUGCGACCCCGCGCUGGCCUCGGGCGGCCUCAUCCCCAUCGAGGAGCGGCCGGGCAGCGAGCUCACCCAGCUCGGGGGCGUCCUCCUGGCCGAGCCCGACGUGGACGUGUGGAACCCGGCCUUUGACGUCACGCCGCACGAGCUGAUCACGGGGGGCAUCAUCACGGAGUGGGGGGUCUUCGCCCCCUCGCAGGCGUGCCGGGAGGUGGCGGAGCGCGAGGAGCGGUGACGGCUUCCGCCCCGGUGCAUCCCGGCAGCCUUUGCAGGACCAAAGCCUCGGUAAAUCCCGGCAGACUUUGCGGCACUUCCGCCUCGGUGUAUCCCGGCAGCCUUUGCGGCAAUAAAGCCUCGAUAAAUCC